UAUAAUAAGGUGACGUCAACUAAGAAGAUUAAAUGGUCACAACCUAGAAUCGUGUCUCAGUAAAUUCACGACUUCCACUAUUUUUCUGGGAAUUGUUUUACUACAAUAAAAACAAGCUAAUACCGGUAUUCGGCAAGCCUUAACAAAGUGUUUACUAACGAAGAGUCGAGAUUAAUGGCACAGAGUUUAACUCAAUGUCCGUUCCCAUGGGCUGUUAGCUGCUGUUUUUAGCCUCGGCAUUGAAGAACGCGAGAAAAGCAGAGAGCUCAGUUCUCUUCUGAUUCUUUUUACGCCUUCAUCAAUCGAGGAAUAACACCCGAAACAGAGGGCUGUGACUGUUUUCCCUUGCCACCCUUCCCUGGGUAAAGGCGCUUGCCGUAUUUUGCAUAGAUAUGCAAAUUAUUUGCCACCGCUUACCACAACGGCGACAGGAGCGGACGACAUAGGUGCCUCAAAAUAUGAAGCGCUUUUUUGUCCUUUGGUGUCUAGUUAUUAUACCGGAAUUUGUGUGGUCUCUAGAGUGUUACCACUGUGUAGGCCCUGUUUCGAAAUGUCAAUCUGGCGGUGACAAAUUAAAACUUCUGGAGUGUACUCCGACAAAUGAUCGAUGCUAUCACACAAAAGUCACGAAAAUUGAAGCGGAAGACGAGUUGGAUCAAGGCUGUACGAAUGAAGAAGGCUGUGGUAUAAAAACGAGAGCCUGCUCAAACAGCGGUGAUUGCAAAGCUACUUGCUGCGAGAAAGAUCAGUGCAACAGUGGAGUCAGCGCCAGCGGUAUCGGAAACAGCGCAUGGGCACGGAUUUGUCUGCUCGUUGCUAUUAUCUUUGGAAUUCGUCUCCUGGUGCCAGGGAAUUUGUAACAAAAGUAUUUCAAGGUGGAAGCAGAAAAUAUCAGUUAGCAUAACACUAGACAUUCUAUACGAUGUUGACUGGGUGUAGAGACUAAAUUUGGAUAUGAGGUGUUUAACUUACACGUUCACAGAUGCCUUUUACAGCACUGUUCCUAAGUCAUCAGACAAAAAAAUGUGUCUAUAAUCUAAGUAUAGUAUACAUUACGAAAAGGUAAAAUUAAGAGGUAUACUAAUCACGGCAGGAUUUCGAGUCAGGUCCCGAGUUAGGAUUUCGAGGAAGGUCUAUUUUAUUUUUUAUUUUGUUUAUGUGAGGGAGUUGAAAUGUGUAGCCAUGCUUCCAUGAUAUUCAUGCAAUUUUAAAACUAUUCAGUGGUAAAUGUAUAUAGCAUUGCCAAAGCAAGCUAACUGUA